AUGCCGAGGGAGGAUCCUGAGUAUCCUCCGGAGUAUUCUCUCAUCACCAUCGACCCUGGAUGUUGCAACUGCUCCUGUGGCGACUGUCUUUUCCGCUGCGGGUGUCGUUUUCUCGUGGCCCUCGCCGCGUUCUUGGUCUUUGGCGGCUACACGAGGGAUGCAGGAAGCUUGGAGGAUCAGUUUACUUGCGUCCACCAUGGAAUGUGCGGCCUGAGCGAAGUCGGCACGGGUUUGGAUGCCAUGCCCGUUGACAUGCCAUGGCGGCUACAUGAAGACUAUGAGGUUGUCGUCCUCUUCUCCGGAAAGGCAGGGAGCGACUGCCUGGUCAAAUGUGAGGAGAGCGAGCGUUGCUCCGGAUACUCUGUCCGUUACCGAAGCAUGCAGACAUACUGUGUGCAUUGGUUCAAGGGCUUGUGCAAUGUCAGCGAGGACAACAUGGAGAAGAAUGCGUAUUGGGACAGCUGCCGAAGUUCGAACUGCUCCACGUGUACAAAGAACGCUAUUCCUGACACAGUCAUUCAGUAG